AUGAUUGAAGAUAGUGGGAAAAGAGGAAAUACCAUGGCAGAAAGAAGACAGCUGUUUGCAGAGAUGAGGGCUCAAGAUCUGGAUCGUAUCCGACUCUCCACCUACAGAACAGCAUGCAAGCUUAGGUUUGUUCAGAAGAAAUGCAACUUGCACCUGGUGGACAUUUGGAACGUCAUAGAAGCAUUGCGGGAAAAUGCUCUGAACAACCUGGACCCGAACAUAGAACUCAGUGUGGCCCGCUUGGAGGCUGUGCUAUCCACCAUUUUCUACCAGCUCAACAAACGGAUGCCAACCACUCACCAAAUCCAAGUGGAGCAGUCCAUCAGCCUCCUGCUUAACUUCCUGCUGGCAGCCUUUGAUCCGGAAGGCCAUGGUAAAAUUUCAGUAUUUGCUGUCAAAAUGGCUUUAGCCACAUUGUGUGGAGGGAAGAUCAUGGACAAAUUAAGAUAUAUUUUCUCCAUGAUUUCUGACUCCAGUGGGGUGAUGGUUUAUGGACGAUAUGAUCAGUUCCUGCGGGAAGUUCUCAAACUACCCACAGCCGUUUUUGAAGGUCCUUCAUUUGGUUACACAGAGCAGUCAGCGAGAUCCUGUUUCUCUCAACAGAAAAAAGUCACCUUAAAUGGUUUCUUGGACACGCUCAUGUCCGACCCUCCCCCCCAGUGUCUGGUCUGGCUGCCCCUUCUGCAUCGACUGGCGAAUGUGGAAAACGUCUUCCACCCGGUUGAGUGUUCCUACUGCCACAGUGAGAGUAUGAUGGGGUUCCGCUACCGGUGUCAACAGUGUCAUAACUACCAGCUCUGUCAGGACUGCUUCUGGAGGGGCCACGCCGGCGGCUCCCAUAGCAACCAGCACCAAAUGAAAGAGUACACGUCAUGGAAAUCCCCUGCUAAGAAGCUAACUAAUGCAUUAAGCAAGUCUCUGAGCUGUGCUUCCAGCCGUGAACCCUUGCACCCCAUGUUCCCUGACCAGCCUGAGAAGCCACUCAACUUGGCCCACAUUGUGCCGCCCAGACCUGUAACCAGCAUGAAUGACACCCUCUUCUCCCAUUCAGUCCCCUCCUCAGGAAGUCCUUUUAUUACCAGGAGGUUACCUGAGGGGAUAAGUGCAUCCAGCCCUGGGGCUGAGGAGCAUUCACUCAUAAAGCUGUAUGUAAAUCAGCUUGACCACAGCCCACGCUCUCCUCCCAAGGACAGUGAAGUAGAGCAGAACAAACUGCUGGCUAGGGCUGCUCCAGCUUUUCUGAAGGGCAAAGGGAUACAAUACAGCCUGAAUGUGGCAGACAGGCUAGCUGAUGAACAUGUUCUCAUCGGGUUGUAUGUCAACAGGCUCCGGAACAACCCAUCAUGUAUGCUUGAGAGUUCAAACCGGCUUGAUGAAGAACACAGGCUGAUCGCCAGGUACGCGGCCAGAUUGGCGGCAGAGUCCACUUCCUCGCAGCCGACUCAGCAGCGGAGUGCUCCUGACAUCUCCUUCACCAUUGAUGCAAACAAGCAGCAGAGGCAGCUGAUCGCAGAGCUAGAAAACAAGAACAGAGAAAUCUUACAGGAGAUCCAGAGGCUGCGGCUAGAGCAUGAACAAGCCUCUCAGCCCACCCCAGAGAAGGCGCAGCAAAACCCCACUCUGCUGGCCGAGCUCCGGCUCCUCAGACAGCGCAAGGAUGAGCUGGAACAGAGAAUGUCUGCUCUCCAGGAGAGCCGGAGAGAGCUAAUGGUCCAGUUAGAAGGCCUCAUGAAGCUACUAAAGACGCAGGGGGCAGGUUCUCCUCGCUCCUCCCCCAGCCACACCAUCAGCAGGCCCAUCCCCAUGCCGCCGGUGCGCUCCGCGUCCGCCUGCUCCAGCCCCUCGCACACGCCUCAGGACUCCCUCACCGGGGUCGGGGGAGACGUUCAGGAGGCCUUUGCGCAAAGUUCAAGAAGAAAUUUAAGGAAUGACUUACUAGUAGCAGCAGAUUCCAUCACUAACACCAUGUCCUCUCUCGUGAAAGAGCUGAAUUCUGAGGUGGGGAGUGAAACAGAGAGUAACGUGGAUUCUGAAUUUACACGGACUCAGUUUGAGGAUCUGGUUCCAUCGCCAACCUCUGAAAAGGCUUUUCUAGCGCAAAUCCACGCCCGAAAACCUGGGUUCCUCCACGGCGGCGCCACCCCCAGCACCAUGGGCAGUGACGUGGCCUCAGAAGAUGGGGACCCCUACGUGCGGCCAGAGGAUGAGAACUAUGAAAAUGACUCAGUCCGGCAGCUGGAGAACGAGCUCAAGAUGGAGGAGUAUCUGAAACAGAAGCUGCAGGAUGAAGCCUACCAGGUCAGCUUGCAAGGUUGA